AUGGUAAAAGAAAUUAAAAAGAAGGAAGUUAAAAACGUAAUAUUUGAUAAAGAAGAAGAAAUAAAAGUAUUAGAUCCAAGAAAGUCAUUUGGAUUAAAUGUAGCACUUGGAAGAGUAAAAUUAAAACCAGAAGAAUUAUUAGAAGAGAUAAGUGAAAGAAAAUUAAAAGAUGAAAAUUUAGUGAGACAGUUAUUAUUUUAUAGUCCAAGCAUAGAAGAACACUUGAUUAUUAAAUCAAUUAAAGAUGAGAAAAUUAAUAAAGCAGAAAAAUUCUAUCAAACAGUUGAAAAUCUACCUAAAUUGAUAGAAGACUUAACUGCAAUUAACUUUAACAAUUUAUACUCUAAAAGGAAUUAUAAAAAGUUAUUUUCUAACUACAUAGAGUUAUUUGAAUACAUGAUUGAUAGUAAAGAUUUAGUUGAUUUAGUAGGAAUAUUACUAAUAGUAGGAAAUCAAUUAAACAACUUUCAAUUAAAUAGAGCAGAAGCAUUUGAAUUGAAUAGUUUAGAGUCUUUUAUGAUAGAUGAUAUUAAAGAGUUGUUAAUUAAAAAAUUUGAUUUUAGUAAACUAAAAAUACAAUCACUAAUUUUACCAACCACUGGUUUAUUACUUGAAUUUAAAGAUAUUAAAAACAUAUAUUUAAAGGGAGUUAUAGAUGAUUUAGAAUAUGAAUUAAUAGAGGAACUUUUUGAUAAGCUAGUUAAUUUACAAACAAAAUUAAAGAGAUUCUUUAAUAUUGAUGAUGACUUUAAAUUUAUCAAUCAAAUAGUCAAAUUUAUAGAAUUUAAUUUAAAAACUGAUCAAUAA